AUGGCUGCAAAUGCGGAGAACCGUUUGACUGUACACGAUGCUACACAGGACAUUGCGCCAGCCUCACGAGAAGAGAAAAUUGUGUUCAACGAACAAACCAACUAUGUUUCAAGAGGCAAGAUCAUCAUGAUAUUUCUUGCGUGCGCCAGCAUAGAUCUGGUGGCACUCAUGGACCAAACAACACUGGCAGCCAGUUUAAGCAUUGUUGGCAAUGCGCUGCAUGCUAGCCAACAAAUGUCCUGGAUUGCUAACGGUUAUUUCAUAACCUCAACUAUCGGCCAGCUGCUAUACGGUCGACUGUCUGACAUUUGGUCACGCAAAGUGAUCCUACUCAUCGGACUAGGAAUUUUCUUCUUUGGAUCGCUAGCGGCGUCGUUGGCUCAGACUGCCACGCAACUCAUCAUAUUUCGCUGCUUUACGGGUUUUGGAGGGGGUGGCCUCAUGACCAUUGCUCAGAUGAUUGUGAGCGAUGUUGUUCCCCUGCGCGAAAGGGGCAAAUAUCAGGGCAUUUUGGGUGCAGUGACAGCUCUGGCCAACGGCAUCGGCCCCGUUAUCGGGGGAGCGCUUUCCUCCAAGUCCAGCGACUCAUGGCGAUGGAUCUUUCGCCUCAAUCUACCACUUACCGUACUCUCGACUGCAACCGUAGUGUUCUUUAUGCCCCUGAAGAACGUCAAGGGCGACUGGAAGCUAAAGGUGCGCGCAAUUGACUUUGUCGGCAUUGGGUUAGCUCUUGCUGGAGCUGUUGGCCUCAUGCUGGGUCUAACAUGGGGAGGAGGAGAGUACUCGUGGAACUCUCCAGCCGUUCUUGUCAGCAUUCUAGUCGGCGCAUUCGUGUGCGUUUCUUUUGUCCUCUGGCAAUGGAAGGGCCCCAAAUUUCCUCUUGUACCAUUGGAAAUUUUCCGCAGUCGCAUGACCAUCGGAGCCUGCCUUACCAUGGCAUUAAAUGGUUGGAAUUUUGUCGUCCAGAUAUACUAUAUUCCCACCUUUUACCAAUUAGUCUACAAUUACUCGUCAACCAAGGCGGGAGUCAUGUUACUACCCAUCACAUUGGUGCAGACAGCAAGUAGCACAUUCUCGGGACUCAUAGUGCAUUGGGUCGGUCGGUACCGAGAAUGUAUUCUCUUUGGAUGGCUUUGCUGGGCAAUUGGUCUUGGCCUCAUGGCUACCCUUGAUGAGACCUCUGGUCUUGGCAAGCAAAUUGGUUAUUCUUUGCUUAUUGGAGUCGGGGUCGGGAAUACUCUUCAACCUGCUCUUAUAGCUAUCCAAUCUGGUGUCCCACGAAGCGACAUGGCUGUUGUUACAUCUUUCCGAAACUUUGUCAGGAAUCUCGGAGCCACAUUCGGACUUGCCGUCUGUGGUACAAUCCUGAACAAUGUUGUCAAAGCAUCAUUGUCCACGCUGGAGCUUGAUUCCGAAGCGUACGACACACUAAUCGACAACCCUCAAGAAUAUCUCGAAACGCUUUCCGACGACCAGGCCACACGAAUUCGCGCGGCACUGAUUCCUGCAUACACUAAGUCCUUCAAAAUCAUCUUUUACGUGGGAGCUGCACUGGCUGCUCUUGGUUUUGUGGUGGCCUUCUUUUUGAUGCCACAAUUGGAGCUGCACCGGCCGGACGACGAAAGGCUCAAGGAGGAGGCUCGCAAGGAUGAGCUAAAGGAAAAGUGA